CCUCCCCUCCAGUCUUGCACAGGUGUAUUGGCUCCUCCCCUCAGUCCUGCACAGGUGUACCGGCUCCUCCCCUCCAGUCUUGCACAGGUGUACCGGCUCCUCCCCUUCAGUCUUGCACAGGGUGUACCGGCUCCUCCCCUUCAGUCUUGCACAGGUGUACCGGCUCCUCCCCUUCAGUCUUGCACAGGUGUACCGGCUCCUCCCCUUCAGUCUUGCACAGGUGUACCGGCUCCUCCCCUCCAGUCUUGCACAGGUGUACCGGCUCCUCCCCUUCAGUCUUGCACAGGUGUACCGGCUCCUCCCCUUCAGUCUUGCACAGGUGUACUGGCUCCUCCCCUUCAGUCUUGCACAGGUGUACUGGCUCCUCCCCUUCAGUCUUGCACAGGUGUACUGGCUCCUCCCCUCCAGUCUUGCACAGGUGUACUGGCUCCUCCCCUUCAGUCUUGCACAGGUGUACCAGCUCCUCCCCUUCAGUCUUGCACAGGUGUACGGCUCCUCCCCUUCAGUCUUGUACAGGUGUACCAGCUCCUCCCUUCAGUCUUGCACAGGUGUACCGGCUCCUCCCCUCCAGUCUUGCACAGGUGUACCGGCUCCUUCCCUUCAGUC